GAACACCGCCCCCUUGAAAAAGUUCAAGGUGGUAAUUCAGACAAUAUGGCAGGGAGAUCGUUUGUUUUCUGUCUAAUGUUAGUAGUGUCGCUGUCAGCUCAGAAUGUUGCUCCUCGUGGCAUCACAGACGAGCAGGAGGCCUGGGACUUCAUUUGGGACUACAACACCAAAGCUGAGAGGGUUUAUUACAACAAAAUAAUGACCGAGUGGAACUACGAGACGGACCUCACCCAGGAGAAUAGCCAGAAGCUGGUUGAAGCCAGCUUAGCAGAAGCCCGGUCCGAUGAAGAAGUUGCUCAAAAUGCCUCCAGGUUUGACUGGCAGAACUUUAACAAUGCAACACUGAAGAGACUCUUCGGUAAAAUCACCGUCCUUGGAACCGCAGCUCAGCAGGACCGGACCAAACUGAAGGAGCUCAACAACAUACUCUCUGAGAUGUCCAACAUUUACUCCACUGGGAAGGUAUGCGAGUACGACCACCAGUCAAGCUGUAUGGCGCUGAGGCCAGAUUUGGAAGACUGUCUGGCCAGCAGCCGUGACUACGACCGGCUGCGGUUCUGCUGGGAAGGCUGGCGGGACGCGGUGGGCAGACAGCUGAAGGACAAAUACUCACGCUUCGUGGAACUCAGUAACGAUGCUGUCAGUCAAGAUGCUCAGAACUGGGCAGACACCGGUGCCUACUGGCGCUCCUGGUAUGAGACAGCUGACUUUCAGGAGCAGCUGGAGAACCUGUACAACCAGCUCCAGCCUCUGUACAACAACCUGCACGCUUAUGUCAGGAAGAAGCUGAGAGAACAAUACGGACAGGACAAGAUCAGUGUUACUGGACCCAUCCCUGCACAUCUUUUGGGUAACAUGUGGUCUCAGUCCUGGGUCAACAUCUACAGCCUUGUGGAGCCUUACCCAAACAAGACAAGCCUCGAUGUGACAGCAAAGAUGAAGGCAGACUACGCCUUUCAAAUCAAAUCAUGUUCCAUAAUGACAACUAUCAUGUCUGAAUACAGGGUUAAGGUGUGCGCUAACAUAAACAUGGAAGACCUGAUCACCAUCCACCACGAGAUGGGUCACAUCGAGUACUACCUACAGUACAAGCAUCAGCCCGUCCCGUUCCGGGGUGGAGCAAACCCUGGUUUCCAUGAAGCAGUGGGAGACCUCCUGGCUCUGUCCGUGUCGACUCCGAGACACCUGCAGAGCAUCGGCCUCUUGGACAAUGUGGGGGGGGGCAACGAGUCUGACAUCAACUUCCUGAUGAGUAUGGCCCUGGAAAAAAUCGCGUUCCUGCCGUUCGGAUACCUGAUGGACCAGUGGAGAUGGGCGGUCUUCAACGGCUCCACCACCCCGGAAACCUACAACCAGGAGUGGUGGAAACUCAGGACUCGUUACCAGGGCAUCGUGCCACCGAUCCCGAGAAACAACGCAAAGGAUUUUGACCCCGGAUGCAAAUACCACAUCCCUUACAACACCCCUUACAUCAGGUACUUCGUGAGCUUCAUCAUUCAGUUCCAGUUCCACAAGGCCCUGUGUGAUACCUCCGGACACACGGGCCCGCUGCACAAGUGUGACAUCUCC